UCUUACUUGUUUUAAAUUUCAAAUCAAUUCUCAUUGCAGUAGUUCACCUUUUAAAGAUCAUCAGUUUAAUGAUAGAAUCACUUUUAUUCGAACUCUAGAUAAAUGGCUGCGAUGUGGAAGCUGUGUAAUGUUAACCAGAUGCUGAGUCGCCCAAGAAGCUGGACCCUGGAGUCGCAUCGGAUGUUCUCCGAAAAAUGUGAAGUGAAGAAGUUCGUAGUCGUAAUGGUGCGUCAUGGUGAAUCCGAGUGGAAUCAAAAGAAUCUCUUCUGUGGAUGGUUUGAUGCCAUGCUUACUAAGAAGGGUAAAGAAGAGGCUUGUGCUGCGGGAAAGGCCAUUAAGGAUGCUAAGCUUAAAUUUAAUGUUGCGCACACAUCUCUACUGGUCCGAGCUCAUGACACACUCAAUGCGGUUCUCACCGUAUCUAAACAAACCGGAAUACCAGUAUGCAAAAGCUGGCGGCUAAAUGAAAGACAUUACGGCGGACUGACAGGACUCAAUAAGGCGGAAACAGCCAAGAAGUUUGGCGAGGAGCAAGUGAAAAUUUGGCGUCGCAGUUUUGACACUCCUCCGCCUCCAAUGGAAAAGGAUCACAAGUACUACGAAUGCAUUGCCAAAGAUCCGCGCUAUAAGGAUAUAGAUCCCUGCGACCUUCCCAACACUGAGUCGCUUAAACUGACCAUCGAAAGAACUUUACCUUAUUGGAACGAGAUCAUUGUGCCACAAAUAAAAGAGGGCAAAAAACUCAUUAUUGCCGCACACGGCAACAGUUUGCGCGGCAUUGUCAAGCACUUGGAUGGCAUAUCUGAUAAAGAUAUUAUGGAGCUGAAUCUGCCAACUGGCAUUCCAUUUGUCUACGAGCUCGACGAGUGCAUGAAGCCAUUGGUGUCGAUGAAAUUUUUGGGCGAUCCUGAAACAGUGAAGAAGGCAAUGGAAACUGUGGCGAACCAGGGCAACUGAUUACUGAUUUGUGAUAAGUUCAAAGGUUAGCAACAUUUGCGACAGUCGCAGCCAAAAAAAAUUGCCAUAAAUACAAGAAGAAGGUCAAAACAAUA